AUGACAUCCACCAAAAGCGAAACUUCAGAAGUAGAACGAAAACUCCAAGAGUUGGUAUCGUUCUACAAGUACGAGCCGGAAAAAAGUGCAAUGAGAGAGAUAAUGGCCAAGUUCAAAGCUACUGGCGAAACCACUGGAUCUUUAAAGGAAUCUCUUGAAAAUUCUCAGAUUUCACAUCUUCUAAUAAAGUUCAACAGUGCAAAAAAGCACAUUUUUGUGCUUGAUUUAAUAUACUUAUGCUUGGUGUAUGAUGUAUACUCCAAGGAAGAUGUCUUCAAAAUCAUUGAAAAUCUGUGCAAACAGUCCUGGGACUUGCCAUUUAAGGUCAAAAUACUGCAGAUGAGUUUCUACUUCGUCCGAUUUGAUCUGACAUUUGAAAUGUGCUUCAAACUACUGAGCAUGAUUGUAGAAUCGUUUGUUGUUGAAGACCCAAGCAUUGAUCUUAUAUCCAGACCUGUUGUAUGCCAGGUUAUUGAGAAAAUUUUGUCGAAAAACAUGUUGGAAAAUGAAUCCUACACGCGCAGCAAUGAAGCAGAGAGUGGCACUGAAAACAACUAUCUAUUGGAGUAUGGCCAUCCAAGGAAGCUCUUUGAAUUCCUUUAUGACAAUAUAGUUUACAAAAAACAAACAUUUCCGUCUUAUAUUUUAUUGUUGAUUAUGAAAUUUCCUAAUAUUGAAAAGCACCCUGAGUUCGCCACCUUUCUUAAAGAUUAUUUUAUUGAGUGCUGUUUGGUGAUUUUCAGUAAAGGAAAAAACGAUGAUAGGCUUCCAAUGUUUGAAGCUGUUCUAAAGGUCGAGAAAUCGUUUUCAUCCUUUGCUUCCCUCAACUCUUUCUUUGAACACUUUCCUUCAAUCUACAAAAAAAACCCCAAAUGCGAUUUGAUGCUCAGGUUCCUAUCAUGUCUUUUUCCAAUCAGGGUUGAGCUAUUAAAGUUUCCCUUCCCAUCGCAACUUUCUGCUGUUCUUCUUAGCUUUGUCAAGGACACAAAUUUUUCACUCGCAGAGUCUGAAAUUUUCUUAAGGCUUUUCGGUGAUAUUGUAAAAAAUUUGAGGACUGAAUUUGAAGUUGACGGUAUUAUAAGCUCCAUUUUUGAUAAGAUUGGGGGUCUAUCAUCAGUCACCACAAAUAUUAACAUGCUCUAUUUUGAUUCUCUGAAAUACUGUGCCAAAAAUGACCUGCGGGAUCUUUUUGAUAAAGGAUUGGUCUGCGGAUAUGCAUGCAAACGUGAAAGCUUAAAAUCAAAGCAUGAAAAUGAAAAGCCCAAGAGCGGGAAAGCUACACCAGAAAAGCAUGAAGAUAUGAAGAGUAUAGUAAGGAUGGGCAUCAACGCAGAAGAUAACAGCCAAUAUUGCAUCGAAGAGAUUGACAAAUUCAUAUUUGACACUAAGGAUUAUAUGGGACCAUCGUGGAGUAUAUACUUUGAUAACAACGGUGUAUAUGAGCUAGAAAGACUCAAAGAGUUUUCAGAAAAGAAUCUUGAAAGUUUUAUUGAUGCUGUACCGCAUGGGAUUGAUCUGUCAUUGAUGAUUUUUGAGAGCUCGGCGCAUAAUUUUCAAAUAGACAAAACGAACGAGACAAGGAACGCAGGCUUAGCAUUGUUUGAGAAGCUUCUUUGUAAGAUUUGCAACCAUGAAACUUUGUUUGAGAUAAUUUUAAGGUUUUAUUUAUUAAACAGCGGAGUUGUUGCCGAUCCAAGCCCCUUAAGAAUUUUAUUAAAAUAUUUGAAAAGUAAGACGGUAGAAAAUGAUGAAGGCUUGUUCAUAGCCAAUGAGCUUACGAAUUUAAUCAAGAAUCUAGAUCUUGAAUCGAUGAAUAUAAGGUCGGCUUCAUUGCAAGGUGAUACUAGAGGCCAGCAAGAAAAUAGUGCAUGCCUGGGCGUUAGCCGCACAGUAAGCACAAAUGCAAUGGAGAGUGUUAGCAUACAUGGAGAAUCAAAUAGCGGGAUUACCUUAUGCAAAUUACAAGGUCUAGUAGUUAGCGAUCUCUACUCAUUUCUCAGCAAAGUGAUCGAAGCUACUAAGCCUGAAAGGUGUUGGAACGAAAUAUUUAAUUUAUUAAGACUAGGGCACGGUUUCUUAAGUAAUAAACUUGACAUUAUUCUUCAAAUAGAACAAUCCUUUAUUUCAGUCUUAAAUGAAGAGCAUCUUGAAUCUCUACACGUCUGCCUUAUUGAAUCGUUCGUCGAGCUUGUAGAAUUCGAAAGAAAGCAUGAUGACAGUACUAAAGAAGGGCAUGCUUCUAUAGAGCAGCUGUAUGCCAAGACUCUCAAGGCAUUUGAUGCAUUUAUGAAUCAUCUAUCUAAGGAGUUUAGAUCCACGCCAAUUUGGCGCAGGGCAGUCUUAUUUUCUCUAAAGUUAAUCGACAACGGCAGAUAUUCAACUCGUGCCGGGAAGAACGAAAACCAUGCUUCCAAAGUGAAGUUAGAUGCAUUCUCUUCGCAUUUUCUUGAAGCAUUCUUUAGUUUUUUAGGCCGUAAUUACAAAGAGCUGUCAGAGUCUGAAGUUUUAUUUCUCAACGAAGUUCUUUUCGUAAUUAUAUACGAAAUGAAAAGCAGAGAUAUCGUUUUGGAGACACUGGCUCGUCUUGCAUCACUGCUAAAAAUGUUUCUACUUAAAUACAGAAUGAGUGAGCUUGUCGGGUACAUUACUAAAAUGAUAUGUGGGGAGGAUGAAGAGAUAGCAGCCGCCUCUUUUGAGAUACUAAGGAUUAUCUCCAGUAAAGUAAAGGAAGAAACAUUAUUGCUUGAGUGCGCAAAGGUUGAUAGUCGACUGCACAAUCCAAAAGAUACUGCUGUUGAUGAUCAUACUGUUGAAAAAAGAACAGUAUUAAAGUACAAAGGAAAGAAAAAGAAAAACAAGGCUGGAAAACACGCUUCAGUUAUUUCAGCGGAGAAUAAUAAAAACUCGAAGAUAAUCUUUGAAAAAGAAAAAAUCGACUUUAACGCUUUGAAUUCGGCAAAAGAAUCAGAACUGGAGUCAAAAAUAGAUGAUAAUCGGCUUGCAGACCCAGAAGUUAUGAAAACCAGAGUCUUUAAGGGACGACUUGUGACCAUUCUGACCGACUCGUUCAAGAAGAUACUUUCUGAAUGCAGUCCCUUACGAUAUUCCAUUGUCUCCCAAGUAUUCCUGGAAAUACCGUCAUUCAUCUUUAGCACUCUUGAAAUUGCAAGCCUCUCUGAAUACCUUAAAAAAUACGUGGAAAUGCCAGAACCCUUCCGAACAAAUGCAAUAGACUGCUUUAUCAAGACAUGCGGGAGUUCCAAGCAGUUUUCGUUCUGCCUAGAAACUCUUUCGUCCUGGCUGUCUGAGAAUUCAAAGGAGACGUCACUGAGUCUAAUAUCAAAGAUUGGCGAAAAUCUACAGAGAGGAGAUUUCUCAAAGCUGACGGGCUUGAACAACUUCCUCGAUUAUUCUCUCCAGUUUUGCAAAUCAGAUGAUUUCCUAGACCUGUCCUGA